UUAAGAGGAGGUUAUUCCGACUCUUGACUGCAGCAAGAUUCAUAUAAACCGAGGGAAAAAAACGUCGACCUGCUGCAACAGCGAAACAGCUUAAAGGGAAAUAAAGGAACGUGGCGUUUUGCACACCGGAUGUUUUGCACGGGUCUUUUGUUUUCUCCAUCUCUGCUGCAUCAAGGACAGAGAUACCGGGGCGGUACGAGGAUCCAUGAGAAACGCUUUGAAUAGGGUACCGCUUCAGUAUCACGGUUGUGUGGGGGUUCAGCCAUGGAUGCUGGGAGGCUGGAGCUGCAGGUGGCCAGUGUGGAGAGAGGCAUCGCCUUCCUGAAGCAGGAGCACCUGGCCAUGCUGACCGGUCUGCAGCUGGAGAUCACACACCUGAAGAGGCGCUGUCAUGAGCUAAGCUGUGAGCUGGGCUCCAGGUUUCCUCUCAGAAACACAGAAGAGGAGGAAGCAGAGCUCGCAGCACGUUGUGAGGCUGCAGAGCGUCUCCUAGAGGACCAGCAGUGCAUGAUGGUUGCUGCGCGUGGGGAGCUGCGGGCCGGACGGGCACGUGCAUCGGCACUUGGAAGGAACCUCAGGGAAGAAGAGCGAUGUUUCCUGGAGGAACUGAAACGCCGGAGCCACAAGAUCACACUCCUGAGUCGUGAGCUGCAACACCAAAACGUCAUUACGACGAGCCUCUGCCACGAGCUCCAAACCGCACGCUUAAAACUGUUCCAGCAACGCUACAGCAGAGAGCCUGCUGCAGAGGGAGAGGAGGAACCCAGAGAAAAGGAUUUAGAAGAAGAAGAAGAGGAGGAGGACGAAGACGAGGAAGAUGAAGAUGAUGAAGGGGAGGGCUCAGACUGGCUUCUGUCUCCGCCUCCUCCAGCCUCUCCCAGCCAACCAGAAGCGAACAAGAGGCGUGUCAGGGAAGAGAGGGUCAGAGCUUGCAUCCCACAGGAGAGAGUGACGUCACCGCAGAGGCCACACCCCAUGCCUGACCCCGCUCUCUUCUUGGUGCCACUUAGAUACCGCCUCCUUCGCUUGAACCAACCAAUUAGAAUGCAGGAUGGAGAGGGGCUGGAGGACGAGUGGGAGGAUAUAGAGGACAGCAGGGUGCACAGGAGGGUGGACAUGGGAGCAGGAGAGGGAGAAACUGCUCUGUGAUAAAAAAGACUUGAAGUCGUCUUCCAGCAGGUCUUGGCCAAGCUCAACCAACAUCUGAUGCAGUUUAUCAAGAAAAAGCUGAAGAUGAGAGAGAUGUGACUUUGUGAUUGUCUGUAGAUUUCAGGAAGUGAGUUAAAUAUUUAGAGUUAGUUGCACAAGGGUUUGUGAUUGAACCUACACAUAGACAUAUUAACUGAAUUGGUCACAUUGACGGUACAACAUGUACUUUGAAAAUGUGAAGAAAUGAGUGGGUGAAAAAAGACUGAAUAGUGGGACUGUUCCAUAUGGAUGCCUUUUGAUUUUACCACUGUUGAUCACGGCUUUUGCCUGUAAUUAGUAGCCUUGCCUCUGGGUCUGUAAACUCACACCAUACAAAGUGGCAACCUGCUUUUUCACUGCACUAACCGUAUUCCAGGUUUGGAAAGACACUGUAGAGAGGUCUUAGGGACAUUUUUUAUCAUUUGCACUUUAUUAAAUUCAUGCGAUGUGCCUGAUAAUGGCACAGACGUA